AUGUUUGCUUUAAAAACAUGGACUUCCGAAUGGACAUAUAGUUUUCAAGAUAAUCAAUUGCUGUAUUCGUUCUGCGGCUGUUUAUUAGUAUCCCUUUUAGUAGUAUUUUUCUAUUACUAUAGACGAUGUCAAACCAAAGAGUUAUUAGGUUGUCCCGGAACAACGGCCUCCGGGGAACCAGCGAAGAGAUUCAGAAAACGAGACAAAAUGCUAUUCUAUGGUCGAAGGAUGCUGAGAAAGGUUAAAUCAAUCUCAAACUCUGGACAAGGUAGGAAGAGGCGUGCGGUGAUGAGGUUCGCCAGAAAGCUGCUACAGUUGAAGAAAGAAUCUGCCCCUGAGCAAUUAAAGGUCUUAGAACCGCCAGCGGAAUAUCUCGAAGAGGACCUAACAAGUGAUGAUCGUGUACCUCCAGACGCUCUAUACAUGUUACAUAGUAUAAGAGUGUUUGGACAUUUCGAAAAACCUGUCUUCCUCAUGCUCUGUAAACACACAGAGAUACUUAACUUGCCCGCUGGAUCAUUUCUUUUUAAAGUUGGCGAUACAGACGAAAAUGUAUACGUGGUGCAAACUGGACGGGUAAAUGUAUACAUAACCAACCCAGAUGGUACAAGUUUGUCCUUGAAAAUUGUACGCGCAGGCGAGAGUGUGACUUCACUUCUCAGCUUUACAGAUGUCUUGACGGGUCAUUCUCAACCAUAUAAAACGGUGAAUGCGAAGGCAUUAGAGGAUUCGCAAGUGAUAAAGCUCCCAAUGCGGGCCUUCCAAGAAGUGUUCAAAGAGUACCCUGAUAUAUUCGUUAGAGUAAUACAGAUUAUUAUGGUGCGUCUUCAGCGGGUCACUUUCACUGCGCUUCAUCAAUACCUAGGCUUAAGUGCUGAGUUAGUGAAUCCUGGUAAGGAGAAACGUCGUCCCACGACAAUGGCGUCGCCUUCCAGAAACGUUAAAGUAGUAGAUGCAAGUACUACAAUGCAUUCCCCUCACCACAGUGAGAGAACGUUUCCGGACCAUUUGGAGAGUCAAGUGCACGCCUCCUCCCCCAUACAUAUCCAAGGCAGGAAACGGCCGGACAUGGUGCCUGACGUCACUUCCAACACGCCACAGAACGCGUCACAGUCACAACCAGAUGUACAGCCAACGUCAUCUUUCCAAAGACCUAAGGAAGGUUCUUCUUUCAAGAAACAUUACACGGAUAAUUUGGAUGAACAGGCUUUAAUACAAAUAGCAACAGAAGCCUUCAUAAAAGAGCUUGGUCUAGAAGACGACUCAGUUCUCAAAGGGAACGUACAAGUACGGGACUUACCGGCUGGAACGUACAUUAUGAAAGAAGAAAGUCAUAAGGACGUAGCUUUGGUGUAUCUUCUUUCGGGCGCACUCCUCGUCUCGCAGAAGGUUGCUGAGGGAGAAGGAGAGGUUCAUAUGUUCACAGCAUAUCCUGGUGAAGUCGAAGGCGGGCUAGCAGUGUUAACUGGGGAGCCAAGUUUCUUCUCAAUUAGAGCUAAACACUUUUCACGUAUCGGCCUAUUAUCUAAGACGACGGUGUACAGCAUCAUGCGGGAGAGGCCUUCCGUCGUGUUGCACAUAGCCAGCUCCGUUGUGAGGAGGCUGUCGCCAUUUGUACGACAAGUGGACUUUGCUUUGGAUUGGGUUUUCUUAGAAUCUGGAAGGGCAGUGUAUAGACAAGAUGAAGAGUCAGGUUCUACGUUUAUAGUACUGAGUGGGAGGUUACGUUCUGUCAUAACGCAUCCAAAUGGCAAGAAGGAGCUCGUUGGUGAAUACGGCAAGGGAGAUUUAGUUGGCAUUGUGGAGAUGGUCACGCAAACCCGUCGUAGUACAACAGUAAUGGCAGUAAGAGACUCUGAACUAGCGAAGCUGCCAGAAGGUUUAUUCAAUGCGAUUAAACUUCGAUUCCCGGUUGUGGUCACACGUCUUAUUAAUUUGUUGGGACAUAGAAUAUUAGGGUCUUGGCAGAAGCCCACAGCGGGUCUGGCGGGCGCGGCCGCCAUGGAGUCGCGGCCGUCGCAGCACAACUUCAGCACGGUGGCCGUGGUGCCCGUCAGCGACGACGUGCCGCUCACCGCCUUCACCUACGAGCUGUACCACUCGCUGUGUGCUAUUGGUCCAACUGUACGUCUUACAUCAGAUGUGAUAAGGAAACUCCUAGGGUUGACUAUAAUGGAUCCAAAUAACGAAUAUCGCCUCAGUUCCUGGCUCGCUCAGCAAGAAGACAAACAUAAGGUGGCGCUAUAUCAGUGCGACCCAAGUUUGACUCAAUGGACCCAACGUUGCAUUCGUCAAGCCGACUGCAUCUUAAUAGUAGCUCUGGGCGAUAAACAACCUAGUAUUGGAAAAAUAGAGAAAGAGAUAGAACGUCUCGCGAUCCGAACGCAGAAGGAGCUGGUGCUGCUGCACCGCGAGGGCGGGCCCAACCCGUCGGGCACCGUGCACUGGCUCAACAUGCGCUCGUGGGUCAGCCAGCACCACCACGUGCGCUGCCCGCACCGCAUGUUCACCAGGAAGAGCCAGUACAGGAUUAGCGAGCUGUACAGCAAAGUGCUGAUGUCGGAGGCGAGCGUGCACUCGGACUUCUCCCGGCUGGCGCGCUGGCUGACGGCCACGGCCGUGGGGCUCGUGCUGGGCGGCGGCGGCGCGCGCGGUGCCGCGCACGUCGGCAUGAUACGGGCUAUACAGGAAGCAGGAAUCCCCAUCGACAUGGUCGGUGGAGUCAGCAUUGGAGCGUUCAUGGGAGCUCUGUGGUGUAUGGACCGGAAUAUUACAACAGUUACACAAAAAGCAAGGGAAUGGUCUAAGAAAAUGACUGAAUGGGGCAAACAGCUUCUAGACCUGACUUAUCCUGCAACUUCAAUGUUCUCUGGGAAACAAUUCAAUACGACGAUAAAAGCGACCUUUGGGGAAGUCCAUAUUGAAGACCUAUGGCUCCCAUACUUCACGGUCACCACUGAUAUAAGCUCCAGCUGUAUGAGGGUUCAUCGACAUGGUUCCCUAUGGCGUUACAUACGCGCGUCGAUGUCGCUGAGCGGGUACAUGCCCCCACUCUGCGACCCAGUAGACGGCCACCUCCUAUUGGACGGCGGUUACGUCAACAACCUGCCAGGCAUGCUAUGGAGGUACUGCCGGGCUUCGAUGAGCAUCGCUGGUAUAUUCCCACCGAUUUGCGAUACAAUGGACGGUCAUCUUUUGUUGGACGGUUGUUAUGUGAACAAUGUGCCAGCGGACGUGAUGAGGUCUUUUGGGGCUAAGCACAUUCUUGCCAUUGAUGUGGGCUCCCAAGACGAUACUGAUCUCACUAACUAUGGAGAUGAUUUGUCUGGAUGGUGGUUGCUAUGGAAACGGUGGAAUCCAUUCACAACUCCAGUGAAAGUCCCCAAUCUACCCGACAUUCAAAGUAGACUCGCUUAUGUGUCAUGUAACAGACAAUUAGAGGAAGUAAAAAAAUCCGACUACUGCGAGUACAUACGACCUCCGAUAGACGCUUACAAAACUCUACAAUUCGGGUCGUUCGACGAGAUCCGCGAGGUGGGCUACCGGCACGGCUCCGCGUACUUCGAGGGGCAGCGGCGCGGUGGCGGCGGCGGAGUCAGCGGCGCCGCCGCGGAAGGACGCCGGCAUGAGACGCAGCCGGCACUCACUGACUACACAUUCACCGACUUAGCACAAAUGGUGUGUUCAGUGCGUACUGGGCGUGACGUGGACGCGGAGUCCUCCUCCUCCUCAGACUAUGAGGACCAGCGGCACUUCGAGGGGUACGCGUCGGAGCCCAGUGGCGGCAUAAUGGAGGAAGGGCUUCGAACACGUCGCGUGGGGGGUUCCCUCUCGUUGUCAGAAGAUGAAAUAGAUUCGGAAGCUGAAGUUUAUGACCCGUUAAAUAAACGUGGGGGCAGA